AUGGUUAGAAAGACAAAUGCCCCGAAAAAACGAGGAAGAGGAUUUAAACCGUCAGAACGUUAUACUAAUAGACUGAAUAAAAUUCUUGUUGAAUAUCCUGAUGGUCCACAAGUCCUUCGUGAAAUUCUUCAAAAUUCUGAUGAUUCCAAGAGUACUGAGCAAAUUUUCAUUUUGGAUCAUAAUUCUUAUUCAACGGAUAGCUUAUUAGAGCCGGAUGUAGACAAUUAUCAUAAUUCCGACUUGAAACUUGAUAGAUACCAGGGUCCUGCUUUAUUAGCGAAAAAUAAUACCGUUUUUGAAAAAAGAGAUUUUCAAUCUUUGUUAAGUUUGGCAAAUAGUGAAAAACGCGAUCAAUUUGAUAAAAUUGGAGUUAUGGGUGUCGGUUUCAAUUCGAUUUAUCAUGUUACAGACUCUCCAUCCUUCAUUACCGGUGAUACAUAUGUUAUUCUUGACCCACAUGAAUGGUAUUUUGAUGGUGGAGUUGAAUUCGACAUUGUAAAAGAGAAUUUGGUCGAAGAUUUCCCUGAUCAACUUGCUCCUUUUAAAAUUUCAUCCUUAGGAAUCUCGUUCGACGGUUCAUUUAAGAGGUUUAAUGGCACUAUGUUUCGUUAUCCUUUACGUACUAAAGAGGAUUCUCGGGAUUCAGAAAUUUAUAAAAAAAUUUAUGAACCUGAAGAAGUCUUGGAUAUGUUUCGUAUAUUUUACGAAAAAGAAAGUAUUAAUUGCCUAUUGUUUUUAAAAUAUGUUGAGAAAAUUACUUUUUAUGAAUUAAAGAAAGGUGCUACUGAACCUGAUUUACUAUAUGAAAUCAAAUUGGAAAAUGCCGCCCAAGUUCGAGAACAACGUCGUUUGAUUGUUGAGAGCAUUGUACCAAUGAUGGAAUCAUUAAUUUCGGGACACCAUAGCGACAUCAAACAAUUGGAAUCAUCUUAUGUUGCAUCAUUCUGUCGUAAAAGAGGGGUUCAGGAGGAGGAAAGCGACCAAUGGUUAAUUUUGAACUAUCUUGAUAAUUUGCUUGAAGCAGAAAGUUAUUAUCAAAAGACUUUCUCGAAAAGUAUAGGAGAGCACAAGUUCAUCCCUAAUGUAGGAUUAGCCGUUCCCUUAAAGAAUUUAGAAUCGACCGGAAGAUUAUUUUGUUUUUUACCUCUUCCCAUUUCUAUGCCUUUCCUUGUUUCCGUGCAUGGAUAUUUUGCGAAUCGCGAAUUUACAAAGCGCAUAGGAUGGGAUACCCAUCCCAGUGUUAAUAUGGUUCUAGGUCAAUUGAAAUUUUGCUGCGAUAGUGUGGCGAACAGACAGCCGCCAGAGGAGUUAAAAACUGUUUGUGACGAGAUUUAUAAACAUAUGAGCAAAAACAUUUUUGAAGCAAAAAAUAAUGCUGAAUUCAAUAAUAUGAAGAGAUAUUUAGAAAACAAAUCGUGGAUUUUGUGCGGAAACAAAUUUUAUUCGGCUGAUAAGGUUGUUUUUCGUCUUUUUGGUGAAUUUAAGGAUAAGGAUUCCUUAAUCGUUGAGCUUCCUAUAGAAUAUACAAGCAAUUAUAAGACUUUUUUUAAAGAUAUGGGAGUACGAGACGAAAUUGGAGUUAAAGACUUGAUUUUGAUUAUUAAAAGUACGGUGGAAGGAAAUAAGGACAGAGUUUUAUUGAUAGAUGAGAUAAAAAGGGUCAUUCAAAUUCUUGAACAAAUUUCCAGGAAACAAAGGGAUAAUAAACGGGAUAGAAACGAUCCAGAAAAUGCAGAUGAUGCUAAAGCAAAGCGAUUUUCGGUAAUAGUUGAUGAAAGGAAUACACAUACCUCUAAAAAUUCUUUAUUAUCACAAGAAAUGGUUGAUCUGCAAGGUCCUGCGUUAUGGAUAUAUAACGACGUUGAAUUUACUGAUAGAGACUUUCGGUCGUUGAUUAAACUUGGCAAGGGAUCAAAAUCCAAUGAAGAAGAGACAAUUGGAAGAUUCGGAACAGGAUUCAAUUGUGCCUUCCACAUUACAGAUUUACCGAGUAUCGUGAGUGGAAAAUAUAUUGCAUUUUUAGAUCCAAAUGCGAAAUUUCUUCCAGCACAAGGAUACCCACCCAGAAGGCGUAGAGGUACUAGAAUUAAUUUUAUAGAAAAGGAAUUUAAGAAAUGUUUUUCGGAUCAAUGCUACCCUUACGAGGCGAUAGAAGGUUGUGAUCUUUCGAAGGAAUUUAAAGGAACACUCUUUAGACUUCCACUUAGGACAAUUAAUUCGGCGAGAAAAAGUGAAAUUUCAAACAAACCGGUAGAUAUUAGAAAAAUCUUGCAAGUAUUUAGUGAAGUCCGGGGUAACAAGGAGAUGCUCUUUUUAAGGAAUAUAGAAUCAUGUAGUCUUUUUCACAUGAAAAAUCAAAGCAUUAAUAAGAUAUGGGAAGCAAAUAUUGAUAUUUCAGAUCUUGAUCGCAAAAUUCGUAAAAGUGUAAUUGAUAAAAUGCAAACAUAUCAAUUGACUAUUGAACUAGAUGUGAAUAACAGGAAAGCUUUAAACACUUCAGAGGAAUGGCUUUUAUGUACAGGUGGACAUGAGGAUAUUAAGUUGAAACAGGAAAUUAAACAAAUUUCAAAGGAAAUUGGUCUCAAGGUAAAUAUAAAGAACAGAACGGUGAUACCUAAUAAAUCACUUAAUGAUUUUGUACGAGCCGAUGAGUUAUAUGACAGGAACGAACCUCUAUUCCACAAGAUUUUUGCAAAUGAAGACAAAUUUUUACCAUUAGAAUUGCAAAAUCGUGUUUGUUUAGAAGCUCUUGGAAGAAUUGGUCUUAAGCGUCUAGUGAAUCAACAAACGUUUAUUGAAUGCGCAGUAGAAAUUAAAUCACAGAUUGAAAGUGGCGAAUUCCCUCCAGGCGUGGUUAAAGAUCGAGCAAAUUACUUG